AUCAAAUCAAGUAGAAUGUUGAUUCACAACAAACGGAAUCCAAUGGGAGAGAAGGAAGGCCAUCGUAGGGCGGGACAAGAACUGAAAACAACUUGUAUCGAAAACAAGCUAUUAACUGUCGUGUCCUGCGCUGUAACUCCUUCCUUGCUUCGCUGCAACAGUGAAUUGAAAGUUGAAAACGUUGCUACUACAACAAAUAUGGGAGACGAAGAAAAUUUACCGUCCGGAUGGGAGAAGAGAAUGAGUCGUAGUUCAGGAAAAGUGUAUUACUUUAAUCACAUCACCAAUGCCAGCCAGUGGGAACGUCCAGUAGGAGAUGGACGUGGAGAGCCAGAAAAGGUUCGCUGCUCUCAUCUGUUGGUGAAACACAAUCAGUCACGUCGACCAUCUUCCUGGCGAGAACAGAAUAUCACACGAUCUAAAGAUGAGGCUUUGGACCUCAUUCAGAAGUACAUCGAACAGAUCAAGUCAGGAGAGGAGAAGUUUGAAAACUUAGCCUCCCAGUUUAGCGACUGCAGCUCAGCAAAAAAUGGUGGCGACCUUGGUGUGUUUGGAAGAGGUCAAAUGCAGAAGCCUUUUGAAGACGCUUCCUUCGCUCUCAAAGUAGGAGACAUGAGUGGGCCUGUUUUUACCGACUCUGGAGUUCACAUCAUCUUACGUACCGGCUGAAAGGACGGCACCACCUGCUCUCCCACUCCAUUGUCAUACACGCAUUUACUGAAACUAACCCAAGCAGGCCUGCCAUUUGUUUGAAAUGCACUCAUCACCCCAGUAAGUCAAACACAUACAGUAAUGUUUUAGAGGGGAUUAUAUGCUCAAAAUCCCACACUCAAGUUUGAUUAAUAAAAUGACUCUGAGAACAAA